AUGUCUGCUUCGAUAAGGCGCAGAAUCCAAAUCGAGGUUAACUCCUCCGAUACAGGAGACGAUGAUAAGGAGAAAACAGAUCUCGGCAGCGAUGAGCCCACACCGUCUGACGGAAACAUCACAGAGGAUCACGAUCCUUUCGCCGGAGGUAAAGUCCGUAGGAAAGCAUCUAUUGCCAGAAGUUUCAGAGGUGAUUAUGUUGAUGUUCGCUCCAAGCCCUAUCUCAUGAAAAUUCUCGAAAAACAAGGUGACAGGGGAGUCAUCUUUGCUGAUGAAGUUCUCAAGUUUACAGGUUCAGGAAAGAUGAAACGCAGAAUUCUUGUAAUUACCAAUUUUGCCAUCUAUGUUGUUGAUCAAGAGACAUAUACACUUAAAAGACGGAUUGCCCUUGCUGCAGUCGAGAAGCUUUGUUUGAGUGAAUUAAGUGAUAAUUUUUUUUCCAUUAUCGUCCCUACCGAGUACGAUCUUCUCUUGGCUAGUACUCGCAAGACUGAGAUUGUAAGCCUGUUGGUGGAAUCUAUGAAGAACACAUCAAAUUACGAAUUGGAAGUUCACCUAUCUAACAGUUUUGAGUACCAUGCUACUUCUGAGAUAGUUAAAGAAAUUCAGUUUGAGGAGGUUGAAGGUGGUAUCCGAACAAGAAUUGUGAAAAAGUAA